AUUUUCCACGGUAGAACAGAGGCAUCCGGACCUUACAAACUCGUGGCACUGGAGACAAAGGAAAUGGAAGAGAAGAGCAUUCCUAGACUAAGGCAAGUUCUGCUUCUCUUUGUUUGGCUGGCUCAGAUUCACGCAAAGCAGGAAGGUUAUAGUAUUAGCAUCUCAGAAGAAACAGAUAUUGGGUCUGUUGUUGUCAAUCUGUCAAAAGACAUAGGUCUAGAAUUAAGAGAGUUAUCAGUAAGGAGGGCAAGGGUCAUUUUUAACAAUAACAAAAAUUAUUUUCAGUUCAGUCCUCAGACUGGAGAUUUACAAGUAAAUGAGAAAUUGGAUCGGGAAGAACUGUGUGGACCCAAUGAGCCCUGUAUGUUACAUUUCCAGGUCAUACUGGAAGAACCAUUGAAGGUAUAUAGGUUUAAGCUUUUGGUGAGUGACAUAAAUGACAAUUCCCCUGUGUUCCCAGAAGCAGAAAUGCGUUUGAAAGUCAUGGAAAAUACUCUUCCAGGAACAGUUUUUCCUCUUAAAAAUGCACAAGAUUUGGAUGUAGGUAUUAAUGGCAUUCAAAACUACACUGUCUACCCCAACUCUUAUUUCCACAUUCUUACCCAGAAUAGUGGUGAAGGUAGAAAAUACCCAGAACUGGUUCUGGACAAAGCCCUAGACAGAGAGCAGCAGUCUGAGCUUAAGUUAACUCUCCUGGCAGUAGAUGGUGGUUCGCCUCCCAGAACUGGGACUGCCCUGGUCCUCAUUGAGAUCUUGGACAUCAACGACAAUGCCCCGGAGUUUGCACAGCCACUCUAUCAUGCACAGAUUCCAGAAAACAGCCUCAUAGGAUCUCUCGUUGUCACAGUUUCAGCAAGAGAUAUAGACACCGGGGUAAAUGGCAAAGUAUUCUAUUCAUUUUUUUCUGGGGAUGAAGAGAUUACAAGGACUUUUGUACUUAAUGAACAUACAGGAGAGAUUAAAUUAAUUAGAGGUCUGGAUUAUGAAAAAAUUGAAUCAUAUGAAGUGAAUAUUAAAGCAUCUGAUGGUGCAGGUCUUUCUGGAAAAUGCAUCGUCAAUAUUAAGGUAGAGGAUGUAAACGACAAUGCCCCAGUACUGACAGUGGCUUCACUAGUUAGCUCGAUUCCAGAAAAUUCCCCUGAGACCACAAUAGCUCUUUUCAGUAUUCAAGACUUAGACUCUGGAGAUAACGGAAAGAUGAUCUGUUCCAUUCAGGAAGACGUUCCAUUCACGUUAAAACCUUCCGUUGAAAAUUUUUUCGAGUUGGUUACAGAAGCAGCACUGGACCGAGAGCAACAAGCUGAAUACAACAUCACCAUCACGGCGACAGACCUGGGCAUCCCCAGGCUGGCAACUCAGCGCACCAUCAGGGUGCAGGUGUCCGACGUGAACGACAACGCCCCCGCCUUCAGCCAGCCCUCCUACACCCUGCUGGUGGGCGAGAACAACAGCCCCGCGCUGCACAUCGGCAGCGUGAGCGCCACGGACGCGGACGCGGGCAGCAACGCGCAGCUGACCUACUCGCUGCUGCCGGGCCCCGAGCCUUGGCCCCCGCAGCCGCCGCUCGCCUCGCUGGUGUCCAUCAACGCGGACAACGGGCAGCUGUUCGCGCUGCGCUCGCUGGACUUCGAGGCGGUGCGCGCCUUCGAGUUCUUUGUGCGCGCGCAGGACCGCGGCUCGCCCGCGCUGAGCGGCCAGGCGCGGGUGCGCGUGCAGGUGCUGGACCGCAACGACAACGCGCCCUUCGUGCUGUACCCGCUGCAGAACGCGUCGGCGGCGUGCAGCGAGCUGGUGCCCAGGGCGGCCGAGGCGGGCUACCUGGUGAGCAAGGUGGUGGCGGUGGACGGCGACGCGGGCCAGAACGCCUGGCUGUCCUUCCAGCUGCUCAAGGCCACGGAGCCCGGGCUCUUCAGCGUGUGGGCGCACAAUGGCGAGGUGCGCACGGCGCGGCCGCUCAGCGAGCGCGACGCGCCCAAGCACAGGCUGCUGGUGCUGGUCAGGGACAAUGGCGAGCCGCCGCUGUCGGCCAGCGUCACGCUGCACGUGCUGCUGGUGGACGGCUUCUCGCAGCCCUUCCUGCCGCUGCCCGACGCGGCGGCCGGCGCGGCGCCCGACGACCGCCUCACCAUCUACCUGGUGGUGGCCUUGGCGUGCGUGUCGUCGCUCUUCCUCUUCUCCGUGCUGGCCUUCGUGGCGGUGCGCCUGUGCCGGCGAGCCGGGCCGGCGGCGGGGGCCGGCUACCCCUACCCGGGUCUGCCCGACGGGCCCUUUCCGGGACAGCUGCUGGAUGCCAGCGGCGCGGGGACCCUGUCCCACAGCUACCGGUAUGAGGUGUGCCUGGCGGGGGGAGCUGGCACCAAUGACUUCAAGUUCCUGAAGCCUGUUUUUCCUAAUAUUUUAGGUUACGACUUUGGGAGAGAGCCUAAAGAAAUCCUGCUUUACACUAUAGUUUCGGCAUUUGAAACUGUGGAGGAAGCCUCAUACCCCAGCACCAAAGAGACAGAUUUGGAGAGACAAAUGUUUGGAAGCAAGCACCAAUAUAGGAAAUAA